AUGCAAAUUUCUGAGCUGAUCAAACUGACCAAGAGUAGCAGCCUACGCAGCGGCAGCGGCUCAAGAAUUAUUAUUAAAUUCGAUAUAAGUAAUAUUCGCAACCGCCGGGCCCCCGCUCGAUCCCCUCCGCCGGACAGUCUGCUGAUUAAUAAAAGACGGCUGCCGUGGCAGAAGUUCCGAGAUGGCCCGCGGUGCUUAAAAAUUCUGAGGCAUCUGUCAAGUCGAGCGAAGGUGAAGGUUUCGCGCAGGCGCAGCAGGACCUGGUGUGCAGAUCUCGAGAUCUGGGGAUCUGGGUGGACGGGCAGAUGCGGGGACCUGGGGACCUGGGGAUCUGGGGAUCGCGAACCCGAACCCACAAACGUUUCGGAGGAACGCUUUGCAUACCCCUUCGUUGGCCCCCCGGAUCCCCUUUACAUGGUGAAUGGCAGCGGAGCAGGAAGACCAGGGCUGCGAAACCUGGGAAUGUCGGAGGAAGAAUGGGUAUCUUGA